GAAGAAACUGCGAGUAUUGCAAUGUCCAUUAUUGAUGCUAUCCUAAAUCAGGUACAUGUCUUAAUUCUGGCGAGCAUCACCAAGACAGCUAUAGUCUAUCCCAUAUUCAUUGCGGAUUCAUGAAUUUCAUCAACGGCCAGUCCUGGUACUCAAUCUCAUGAAUCUGGUGUUUAAAUGGCCAGUUGACUGACCCAACAAUCAUUACCACUCCUGGACUCAUUUUCUUGCGUCUCUCUCAUGCACGUGUGGACCGAAAAGGGCCGAAAGACUCAUCACAUUGAUGCAGACUGUUCUAUCCCAGCCGUCCCAGCGUCGCCAGAAUGCAAGUUGUGACCCGUGUCGACGCUCGAAGCGACGCUGCUUGGUGGAACCCCACCAAGAAAGGAAGACUGGCACGGUCUGUCAAAACUGUAGACGACUGCGAUAUCGUUGCACUUUCGACUUCGCUGAGUCCCGGAGGAAACAGGGGAAACGGACUCGUUCAGUUGCUGAUGGCCCGCUGACAGCUGACGCGUUGGCGGCGUCUGAGAGAGCAGCGAACGAAUUCGCAGAGUCUGAUUUUCAAGCAGGAUUCGAGGAUAGCAAUGAUAUCCUAGAUUCUUGGCUGAAUUUCGAUGCAGACCAAUUUUUGGAUGAUAACUUGAUAUCUAUUCAAAAUGGCACAGGUUCAAUGGAGUCCGCCUCCACACAUCAGCCAGUAGUGGUUCUGGCAGAGACACAACGUGAUACUGGAAAUUCCCUUCUUUCCGCUCGAUCGGAGGCUAUGCAAGGCCUAGUGAAGCAUAGAGCUAGAUCAGUGAUUGGAUGUUCACUCAGCAGUCCUAUGCGCCUGCUAAACUCGUCAAUGAAUGCGAGUAUUCUAGAUGAACAUCUAACCGGGAUCUGUGAGACGAUUAUGGGGGGUUGCGCAUCUAUAUUCCUAGACUAUGAUUGCAAUAUGUACGCCGGGGGACAUCGUUACUUGAUCGAAGAGACUGAAUUCCACAGACCAGAAUUAUCGCCAGCGAUGAAGUCAACAUCAUAUCUGGCAAUGCCUUCGCCAUCGGAACAAUUUCCACAAUCUACAGAAUCGAUAAAUCCCCUGGCUUUAUCAAGCCCUAAUGACGGUUACAAGAUGACCGUCUGGGGAGCUUUUCAAUUCCUAGAUCACUUCAGUGAUCUUUACGGCAACAGGCUGAGCAAAAAAGCUCGAAAGCAGUCAGAGGAAGUUUUAAGAGAAGUAAUAAGGGUCUCUUCGCUUCAAUGGUUGCCUGAGUCUGGGGCCUCAUCCGAGAUGGGGUCUCUCUCUAGUCAGGGACUGAGAGACGGCUCAUCCAACGCUUACGCUGAUUCUUGGUAUCGAGCACGAUCGCUGGUCCGUGACGCAGAAUCGAUACGAUCAUUUACAGUUGUGCUAGCAACUAUCGCAUUUGAUAUGGUUACCAUCCCUCAAGAAGCUUGCGGCGAUACGCCCGAGCCUGCCUUAAGGCACGAAUUCCUUGAUGUUAGUCUCAAAAAGCUUUCUUUCCUCGAUAGCCUCGUCACAAAAUACUGUGCCAACUUGGGGCCUUCCUCCCAAUAUGGAGCGGUCAUGGAGUCCUGUCUAAACUUUGCUCGUUGGUUUGGGUAUCUCCGCGACACUGUGGCCGGGCUCACAACGAAUCGCGGCUGCAGGCUCCCGGAAGUACCGAGAGACACGCAAGAUACUCUAAACAAUGAUCCGAGCCCAUACUUCACGGCCUCUCAAGAUAACAGAGCGCAUUUGGAUGAUAAUGUCGCCACUGUAGGUCGAAGAGCAAUGAUGGAGGCCUUCCAUGUUUGGCGCCAGGUUAUCAGAAUUAAAGACGCGAAUUCGCAUUCUCAGAAUGCACCUGGGCCUGGUGGAACAGUGUUUGGAGACAUAAACUCGACCCUGACAGCCGUUGCCACUUUCGAACAAUCUUUCCGCCCAUUCAUAACUUGCUGUGCGGAGCACUUUGGUAUUCUGUCAGGCAUCUCAAGAAAGUUUUUCGUCUUUCUAGUUGUGUUCUGGGAUCUCGGGGUCCUCGUCUUAUGUGAAACCCUGCGAUCGAUGCUCAGUGAGGCUGAUCCUUCCCACGAGAACAUAAUUACAAGCGUACGAAUGCACCAAUGGCGAGCAGCUUCAUCAGUGGCGCAAAUGGUCGAAUGCGUACUGGACUUACCAGCCGGCGAGGCAUUCGAAGAGAAUAGCGGCUUGGGAGCGGAUAUUCCAUUAACCGUAUCUCACGUUUCACCUGGAAUAGUCGUGAUCGCUUUAGAAAAGGCGAUCCAGAAGAUUAUCGACUGGCGAUUCUCUUCAGACUAUGAAAUAGUACCCGAUGACACGUGGAAACUUCAUGUAGGCUCCCUUAUGAAAGGCCUUAUUUCGAUGGAAGUGACCAUAGGUGGGUCACGCACUGCGGGCGCAGCUCUUCAGUCUUUGAUGCGGGACUAUGGCGAUAUCCUGUGUGAGUGCUGGCCAGGUGGUCUUUAAUUCAGACCUGAUUUGAUUGGACGGAGAUGCCAUUAUCUUUCAGGACUCUCGGGGUAAGCUGUGACUUGACUUUGCGGGCAUCUGCACCGAUGAAGAAUCUACGGUGCACGUUGGCACCACUGUCGAUGACUAGCUCGAAAGAUGGAAAUGGAUGUACGAUAGCGAAAUAUAGACUCCGCUCGUCUACUAUAUACGAACGAUUGAUUGUUAGCAU